CAGGGCCAAUUGCAUGCCCAAUUUAGGCGCUUUAUCUCGUGCCACCUUUCCAUUUUCGCGUGCGCGCGUCGGGGUUCCACACGGGUGAAAAUGUGAUGGAUCCGUUUGAAGUGACGUGAUUUAGCUGUGGGGACAUUUUUCACGUUAGAGUUCAUGAUGAUAAUUCCAAUGGCGGUGACGAAAACGACGGCAGUUCUCCAAUGGACCUCUGCUAUUGGCUGACUCGAACGCCGCGAGCGGGGUGUGCGUAUAAAUUGUGCAGCAGACGCACUGAAGCCUUUUGUCAUGUAGAAGUGUGAUAAGUUCUCGGAAAGGAGGCUGCAGAAGGGGCCAGGACCGAGAAAGACACCUGUUACCGAAGCCUAGACUUCUGCCAGAAAGCAAACAGCCAAGAACCGCAAGGGACGCUUCGCCUCUCUCGCCGCCCCGCCCCGGCCCCGGCCCGGCCCCUCCUACGGCCCCCUCCCCCCCCCCCUGCUCCUCGCCAGUGAAGCCCUAGCGGGACGAUGUGGGUGCUGGACAAGAUCCGCGGGUCGGUGGAGGGCAACGCCCUCCGGCCGGGCGAGGCCGCGGAGGCGAAGCAGGGCCGGGCGGCGCCGGCCUACAGCAACGUCCUGACGCCCGACAAGAUCCCCGACUUCUUCAUCCCGCCCAAGCUGGUGUGCUGCCCCGUGGAGGCGGAGCCCCCCGAGGUCCGGCCCAAGGGCGGCAUGCAGGGCUCCAUCUCGGAGCAGGCCAUCAGCGCCCAGAAGCCCCCCGGCAGCCCCCGCAGCCCGCGGCUGGUCAGCAAGCUGGCGGGCGACACCCGCAGCCUCCUGAAGGCCGCCAACCGCCACAUCAUCCAGAUCGAGAGCGCGGACGAGGUGGUCGCCGGGGACACCAACGCCGACCCCCAGUCCCAGACGGCCAUGUCGCUGCCCUACGUGCCCAAGACGCAGACGUCCUACGGCUUCGCCACGCUGACGGAGAGCCCCCACACGCGCCGGAAGGAGUCGCUGUUCCACAGCGACCACGCCCCCCCGGGCGCCAGCCCCGUCACCUCCCCCAACGCCCAGCGCAGGAAGUCCCCCGGGGGCGUUGGCGGCGGCGGUGGGGGCGCGGAGGUCGACGCCCACCACCUGAACCCGGCCGACCUGAGCAACGUGUCGCACAUGAACCCGUACCGCUACUUCAGCGGCGGCGAGAGCGACACCUGCUCGUCGGCCGAGUCCUCGCCGUUCGGCUCGCCGCUGCUCUCGCGCUCGGCGUCGCUGCUCAAGAUCUUCACGCACGAGACGCAGGCCAAGGUGUCGCGCGCCAAGCGCUCCUUCGCCCGCCACUCCUCGCUCUCCACCGACGAGUGCAGCUCGGCCGAGCCCAGCCCCAGCGUGCCGCGCCGCGCCCGCGGGUCCUCCGGGCGGGGCGGGGCCGGCGGCGGGGCCCGGGACGCGCCGCAGCGCGAGCACACGGUCAACCUGCACCGCGGCGGCACCGUGCGGCUGUGCGUGGACUACGACGCCGGCGCCGCCCGCCUGCGCAUCCGCGUGCUCGCCGCCGAGGACCUGUACGACCGGCUCGCCGACGUCAAGGGCAUCAACUGCUGCGUGUCGCUCUGCCUGAACCCGGGCAAGCUGCAGAAGCAGCGCAGCAACAUCAUCAAGAACAGCCGCAACCCCGUCUUCAACGAGGACUUCUUCUUCGACGCCGUGCCCGCCGCGCAGGUCAAGAGCCUGGCCGUCAAGAUCAAGGUGGUGAACAAGGGCACCAGCCUGAAGCGGGACACCCUGCUGGGGGAGAGGGAGGUUCCCCUCCACAAGUUGCUCUCUGGGCUCUAGUUUCCAGGGUUUUUUGGGGGGUUUUUUUCGGGACAUUUUUUUUUUUGUGUAGCAGAGGAGCAGAAUCUGUGAUGAUUCACACGUAUGUCAACGCGCGUUCCCUCGAUGAUUCCCCCUCCCCCUUCCCCCCUCCUCCCCCCCUCCCCAUGGUUACUUACCCCCACCAGUCAGCAGGCAGACCUCCAGACCCGUCACGUUCCUGGCAGACUUGACUUCCUGGAGAGAAGCGGCACGUGGAACCCGCCGCAGCUCGCCGACCAACGACUUUUCCCCCCGCCUGCGCGCCAUUUUGCUUAUCAUCCGCCUCUCGUCUUCGUGGCGCGUCUCCGGUCGCGCCGCGUGACACGGUGUGGGGCGUGGACUCCACAAACGAAAGCGAGACACGACCCGAUCCGGGGGCUCGGGCUGGGCUUUCUGAAUCCGUUCGACGACGCUUCGCGCAGACGCGCCGCGCUUCGAUGGCGGCCGCGGCCGGGCCGUCUUUGCUUUUCGCGGGAAUGCCAAAGGACGACGUCGGCUCGGGGACGCGCGCACGCCACGCGUGAGCGGGAGAAUGAAGCGGACGCUCUACAAAGGACGGCACGAAAUGUCUUCGAACCCGAGUCGAGGCGAAUGCACCGGCCGGCCUGGCGGCUUGCUUCUCUGCUGUACUGUGACUGAAUUUCCCCCGCUGUUUCAUCUUACUUCACAACACCCACAAGCCUUAUUAAAGAAAUGUGUUAGAGAGCAAGAAAAGAAUAUUUCUGAUGCAUCUCAGAGUGCGAGGAUAUCUGCUGAGAGAGGUAUUUUAAACAUAUAGAAGAGCAACUGUGCACCUGUAUUUAUGUAUAUAUACUAUACAUAUAUAUAUAUAUCCAGAGGCCAGAUUUGCAGGAAGCGUUUCAGGUAAUAUGUACGUGUAUACAGACAGCUGCAGAUGUGUCAGCUGAGAGACAGUUUGCUAUGACUGUUACGUUGUGCUUUUUCGUGACCCACUUGUGCCUGCUCGUGCCCCUGUCCUGUACCUGGUCCUGCAUGUGACCCGGGCCCGGGUCCGUUGGUGAGGCAUGGAGUGUUCGUACCCGAUCCCGUGCUCGUGAGGUGACAGUCGCAUGACGUCGUUGUACGGACUGCUGUUUUUAAAAAAAUAUAUAUAUAUUUACAUAUAGAUAGAAUAACGUCUGGAUGAAUCUGAGCAGAGUCGGAAACUCUUGCCUGUAAUCGGAAGACGUGACGAUCCCAGCUUUGAUGAAGCUGAUGGUGGUGGCGGUGUAGUAAAACGGGGAAGGAGUUGGUCUUGUAACCGGGAGGUCACAGGUUCAAUUCCCGGUGGAAGGAUACUGCCGUUGUACCCUUGAGCAAGGUUCUUAACCUGCAUUGCUUCAGUACAUAUCCAGCUGAAUAAUGGAUGCAAUGUAUAUGUAAAAAGUGUAAGUCGCUCUCGAUAAGAUUGUCCGCUGAAUGCCUGUAAUGUUGUGAUGUUACAGGCAUGUUAAAGUUUUAAGGUCACAGACAUCGUUUCUGGUUUCUCAAAGGUUUGCUGUACUUUUUCUGCUCUUUUCUCCACAGUCAAUGAAUUUACUUAAGAUAGAAAAGUUAGUUGGUUGAUUUGUUGUAGUUAGUAUGGGCGGGGGGGGGGGGGGGGGGGAGGGGGAGGCUAAUCCAGUAAAAUCAGCUCUGUAGGCAAUGACAGCGGGUUGUGCUUUUUAUAAAUGACAACGGCUCUUCCAGAAAAGGCACCGAUUGAAAAAAGGUGGUCGUUUGAGCUUUGUUUUCCGUGGCUACUCUGAAUGAUUCUAUUCUUAAUAAAUAUCUGGAAUUGCUUAUAUAAAUAUGUGUUGAUUUUGUCGUUUACCAAAUUACACGAUGGUCUAAUUUAUUUUAAAUGAUCUCAGGCCCGGAUUUGGGUAUACUGGAAGACUGUGAAUGGAGUAGUAAUUUCUGUAAUAUGGAGAGUGUUUUUUUUGCUACUGUUGUGUCUGGUGAAGAUAUUUGUAGUUGUUAGAUAUAAAUGGAAUUCAGUUAAAUGAAAGAGGCUGGUUGUGAAUUGAUUGCGAGGGGGAACUUGUGCCUGUCUGUGAUGGACUCUCACUUGAGUGCAACUAAGAAUUUAUAUUUCUCUUCUAACUGAAUUUUCUGUAUGUACACGAUAUGUUUUUGACAUAUGCCUUGGGCACUUUAGGUCUUUCAGUGUGUUUGUAAUCAGUUAAACCUGAACUAUGUUCUAAUUUGGAAAUGCGCUGCCUCAGAAGUCCAAACAUAGUUAAUUGAUUUUUAAAAUCGUUUUCCUGGCUUUGAUCACGGUUACCUAGCGACACGCUCGUAUGCAGCGAUUCGCCGUGCCGUGUAGUUCUCCGAUGUCGGUUGGUAAACCGUCAACUCGUCGGCUGCUUCCCUAGUAAUUUCCUGUGGCGGUUCCCGUUAUGAUUUUAACUGAAGCCGGAGGUUCUCCUUGUCGAGGCGCUGUUCUAGCGCGUGGAGGGGACCCGCGGUCUGGUUUUGACCGCACCAUUCCAUCCAGAUGGUCCGGAUCCUGCUAGCACUUGACCGUGUCAGGCAGCCCUGCAGGGCAGUGCACAGUUGGCGCUAGCACCAGUGAAGUCUGAGUCAUGGCAUUUCGUUGCUCGCUAGUGACCCCUGCUGGCGAGCCGGCGUGAGCCUGAUUUAUGGACUGCGGUGUGGUAAGAUGGCGUGGUAAGAUGGCGGCUGACGUCCCACGGUCCAGAGGAGGGCCUGGGCUCGUCCGUGUUCCCUCAAAUUCACAGCAGGGAACAUGGUUGCAAACUGGUAGGAAAAGGGGAAAAAGAAUCGAAAAAUUGAAAGGAAAUGGAGAAUUCCAGAUGACUAGAAUGGGUAAGGGUUUCCAGGGCAUGCUUCCUGUCCGUUGUGAAAAUAUUGGGGUUGAUGUGCUAUUUUUUUUUUUUUUUUGUAUUUCAUCAUUUUUUGUAUUUUAUCACCGUUUUUGAUAACGAUACUACUCCCAAAACCAUGAUAUUUUUGCUGGGAUUUUCGAAUUACACCCUGCUCAUACCAGCCUCUUAAAUCCUUUAAAUAUUGUUUUUACGUUGGGUCAUGAGCAAAUGAUUGACUGUUUAAUCUUGUCACCAUGGUGACACCUUUUGAAGAAGCCAACAGGAAACCCUGUGCAUCCUUGGCUGUAAAUAUUUAACAGAAAAUUCUACUUUUCAUACCCAGGUGAAUUGCCGUCAACAAAAAUAUGUCAAGGGAAAAUCACAAAUUCUGACCAAGCAUUCAUAAUUUAAACAUAGUUGACUGUUAUUGGCUACAUUAUAUAUCCAGCUGUAAUUUCAUUGGCACAGCUGCAAUUUAAUUGGCACUCACAUCCAGAGCUAUGGCAUUAAAAUAUAACCACGUUGGGUGUAAAAGCUUUUGUUGAAAAACCUUUGUGGGUGUAACACUCAAUUUAACUUGUGUGUCUAAUUGGCUCUUUGCUGAGCUUUGCACAUUAGUGGUCUCUGUGGAGGAACUGGUAUCUUAUGCAAUUAUCAUAGCAACACAAAGAAAAGGAGUAUUUUAAAUAAUGUAUUAACUACAGUCACACUGCUUACAUUGAGAUCAGAAAUUAGGCAUUACUGACCGUUUGAACAGCAAACAGUCAUUAAAUGUGGCCUCCUAAGUAUAGCCAUCUAAAGUUGUGUGUCGUUUUGCCAUUUAAUACAUACCAGAGAGAAAAAGAAGUACGAAAUGGCUGGUUAUAUUUAUGCGGGAAAAGGCCAUUUUCACUGAAUCUAAAACGAGAUUUGAAAACAGUGGGCCUGUGAAGUCUUGCAUAGGUGUGACAUAUUGAUGGAGAGACGCAGGCACAUUUCACUGCACUGCUGUAUAUCUUUCAGUGGAAUGAGGAGAAGCAGUUGUCUCUCACAGCCCUUCCUCGGUACCUUGAAAUAUUCUUGGGUGAAGCUUAAUUCACUGGGUGACAUCACAGGUGAAUUGCCAUGCCGACUAGCCACUUGCGAUUGGUCAGAUUGGUCAGAGUAACAGACUGACCUCGAGCCAGAUUGAAGCCCAACGUUCCUGACAGUGAACUGGAAAAACGGAAACAGCGCAAGUUGAAAAGUUGCUUUGUAGAGUGCCGGGGGGGGGGAGCAGCUGUUUCGAAAUGGCCGCCGCUCUGGCUUCGGUGCUCAAUCUCGCUGUUUGCGUUCUGAAUCGAACGCACACGAGACGUCGCGACCAUGGAGCGCGUUUCGCAUCGCCGUUCUCCCUUCCUUGCCGUUGCAUUGUAACAUCAUCUCAUAUUCCGUCGCCGCUGCCCAACAGUCAUUCAUCUUUUCAAAGUCACCGAUGUCUCCUCUGGCUGCCAAGUCAUGCCUAAUUAUAAGCAACGAGGCCUGGCCAGAAUUUUUAUACGUGACCCAGUGUUAUCUAAAUGUUAAUUAAUGGAUAAGCCACAUGCUGGUGGUAUAGCCUUCGCUUCGCAUAUUCGCCCCGUUUCUUAUUUACUCUGGUGUUUAAAAAAAAUAAUAAUAAAUAAAAAUUAAUUUUCAAAAAAAAAAAAAAAGAAAAAUUC